GCGUUAAGGCGGGAUUUCAUAGAGGAACGAAGCUGAAGCGAAAGCAGAGAGUGGGAGGCGGGGGAGAAUACAAGCUAGAGAGAGACACCGAUAGACACACACACCUACCUACCUGACUGCUGUGUUGUAAAGUCGUCAGCAGCGCGCGAGGCGGAGUUCGUGCCAUCGCCGAUUCGAAUAAUAACAGCUCUGUGAUGAUGCUAAGCUAGUUAGCCAGCUAGCUGUGUGCUAGGUCCGGGUUUACAGAGUAAAGUUAAUGUGUUUAUGCACGCAGUGACUCAGAGUCGCUCAGGAGCUGAACUGAGCUACUGCUGCGGAGAUCAUUUACAGAGUGGCGGUGUGAGCGUGAACCCGCGGCGGGGAGAGCAGUGAGGAGCUCUGGCCCUAAAGAUAGCAGCAGCUCCUCCGGGUGCGGAUUAAACUACAGCGCUAACACACAAACACAGCCUCUGUGGUGAAGUUGAGAGCUCUGAGAGAAGAGCCAGACGCUGGACAGCUCAUGACUUCAGACCAGGAAGGGAAAGAUCUAGCUGAGCCAGAGGAGCAGCAGGGGCAGGAAGUGAGGAGGAAAGAGAUUCUUCUUUUGGAAUCCGCCAGAGUCUCGGACCUCAAUCCGAAUGCAAAAGCAUGGGCCAGUUAUAUUCCUAACCAGGUGGCGUCUGGACCGGCCUACACGCACCAUCUCCAGUCAUGGGUCAACUCCAGUGACGCAGGAAACACUGGCUUGCAAGGUUACGUGCCCAGCAACGACGGUGAGAAAUGGAAUGAAGAACCACAAGUACCGGUCUCGGUAGUACUGCCUUCAGCAGAACCAGCAGAACCUGUGGACAUGGAAACAGCAGACAAUCAGUUACCCACUAGCUUAGAAGAAGACCCCAACAUAAAGGUAGGGAGUAAUGGCUCCGACUCCUCCAAGCAGCUUGAAGACCUCCGACAGCAACUGAAGGCUACGCUGGAGUUUUGUCUCUCCAGGGAGAAUCUUGCCAACGACAUGUACCUCAUCUCUCAGAUGGACAGCGAUCAGUAUGUGCCCAUUGUAACUGUAGCUAAUCUUGAUCAGAUCAAGAAGCUCAGCAGCGAUGUCGAUCUUAUUGCAGAUAUUUUAAAGACACUUCCUCUUGUGCAAGUGGAUAAAUGUGGUGAGAAAGUACGACCGAAUCAGAAUCGCUGCAUUGUCAUCCUCAGAGAGGUGCCUGAAGCCACGCCUAUUGAGGAAGUGGAAUCACUCUUUAAGAGUGACAAAUUACCCAAAUUUGUCCAUUGUGAGUUUGCUUAUAACGAUAACUGGUUCAUCACAUUCGAGUCGGAGGCAGAUGCACAGCUGGCGUAUCAGUAUCUUAGAGAGGAAGUGAAAACUUUUCAAGGAAAGCCUAUAAAGGCAAGGAUCAAGGCCAAGGCCAUUGCGGUCAAUGCUUUUGUGCCAAAGAAUGGAUACAGGCCCAUGGAUAUGUCCUCAAACAUGCAGCAACGUUAUACCUCAUACUACAUCCCACCUGUGUUUGGGGCACAGCAGCAGUUCCCCCCGUUCUACAGACUGGUCACUCAUCAGGGUUGGUCCACUACACAGGGCUACUUGGAUCCUAGUUUGGUUGCUCCAUUCACUAAUCCUGGAUUCAUCAACGGUUUGGCUGGAUCUCCCACUUUUAAAUCAGCAACUGCACCUUUACCUGCAAGACCAUACCAACCGAGGAACCGGAACCAUAACAAGAGCCACAUACGACCCUCAGUGCCAGCUGCAGAACGAGGAAUCACUUUGUUGGAGAACCCUGGUUCCUUCACCAGCUCCACAGAGCGCAUUCCCAAUGGAACCCGAAUACCACAAAUGCAACAGCUGGGCAGCCGGCCAAGAUUAUCCAGCGCUCCAAUUUACCCUCACAAGGAGCAGGUCGGGAGUGGACGCGUGGAAAUUAAUGGAGCAGAUUAUUCACCUGCCAUGGGGAGGGGAAGGAGAAAUGGCUAUGGCUACAAGAAAAGGAGGGAAGAUAAGUUUACAAAAGCAUCUACACAGUCAUCCCCUCCAGCCCAGCAGCGUACUCCUUCUCCAAGUUUUGAGCUGGGACUGUCGAGUUUCCCUCCCCUGCCUGGUGCUGCUGGAAAUCUCAAACCUGAAGUGAAAACUGAGAACAGCCUGGAGAACCGACUGUCUGACAUCGUCACCGGAGCAACAAAAGACAAGCCUGUAAAUAAAGAUGCAGUGAGCAGCCACUUGACUUCAGGAAGCCACAGAGAAAUGACACCCACUGUUACUGUUGUUCCUCAGCCUGCAGUGGAACAGCAGAACCCACUGUCUCCCACCAACAAACUAAGCUCAGUGAAGUCACAGGAAGUAAAGCUGAAGGAGAUGAUCUCACCUGGAGAGAGGCCCGCAGUGUCCAAUCUUAAAAGUCCAACUUCGGUCCAGGUUACUCCGACUACAGAGCCCCGGAAGCCGAGUUAUGCUGAGAUCUGUCAGAGGAUACGGGAGGCCCCGACACAGCAGCCACCAGUCGAGUCCAAACCCACGAACACUUCACUUCCUUCCACAGAAGAACCCGUCUCACUCGACUCUGUAGAACUCAGAUGCAGAGAAUUGCAGCCCGUGUCUGCCAAACCUGCACCUCAUCGAGCCCGAGAGGUCUGGAAGUGUCAUCAGGGGGCUGGAGAUGUGGCACCUCAAUCCUGAGCGCUGAGCAGUGACUGAGGAGCAAGCACUCGGCAGGUCAGAGUGCUUGGUACCGUCUCUCCGCUCGGCCCGGCUGCACAUGCACAUAGUGAAUAUUGACACUGGAAUCAGGGCCUGAAGAUCACUGCACUUGCAGGUGUAGGAGGGUCCUCGGUUCUUUAGACUCUUACUCUGGUUUCAUUUACCAUGCGUUUGUUUGUCCUUUGAGAUGAUGUGGGGUUUUUUUGCAUUGUUUGAGGACAGUGGGAUAAAUAAACCCGCACUAACACACAGAUGAAGAUUGUGUUUUGUUUUUGUUUUUUUUAAACGGGUCGAGGAUUUUUGUUGUUCAAGACUGAAGUAGUGCUGGUAGCAGGUACAGACUGAAAAUAAUGCUGAUAUGAAUUGUCAGACAAUUUUUCUUUUUUUUUCUUUUUUUUAAAACCAGAAUGUAUAUAAUUUUGUAACCCCAGUGUACUGGCACUAACACACUGGUCUGAGUUGGGUUUUCUUUUCUACACCAGGCUGAACCCUCGGAGUCGUGAUGCUGGUGUGAUUCAGUCUGAUUUGUGUUUAGUUUUUAUGUAACGUGUUGCCACUGGAGUAGAGUUCUGAGCUCUGAGGUGUUUUUUUUUUUUUUUUU